AUGAAGGCCCUCGUCCUCAAGACAGCCGCCCGCACCGCCUCCGUCAAGGAGUUGCCCCGGCCCGUGCCCGGUCCCGGCGAGGUGCUCAUCCGGGUGCACGCCGUGGCCCUCAACCCCGUCGACCAGAUUCACUUUGCGGGCCCCAUCGCCGCGCAGGACGAGCGCGUCAUGGGCACCGACUUUGCGGGCGUCGUGGUCGGCCGCGGCGAGGGCCUGGGCGGCGCGUCGGGCGAUGCGCGGACGGUGGAUGGGGCGCGCGUGGCGGGCUUUGUGCAAGGAGCUUCGUCUGCGAAUGAUCGGCCUGGUGCUUUUGCAGAGUACGUCGCCGCGUCGUAUGACCUCCUCUGGACCAUCCCCGAGGGGCUCUCCUUCGAGGACGCCUCCACCAUCAGCAUGUGCGGCCUCACCGCCGCACAAGCCCUCUUCCCGCGCUUCGGCCUACCCAGCACCUUCUCCUCCCCCUCCUCCUCCCCCAACGCCCCCGCAGACAGCAGCAGCGAGCCCCUCAACAUCUUCGUCUACGGCUCCUCCACCUCCCUCGGCAUGUUCGGCGCGCAGCUCGCGCACGUCGCCGCCAAGGCAUCAGGCCGGCCGCUGCGCCUCAUCGGCGCGGCGAGCGCGUCGCGGCACGAGGCGCUGCGGGCGGCGCCGUACGGCUACGACGUGUUGGUGGAUUACCGCGACGAGAAGUGGGUGGACAAGGUGAGGGAGGCGACGGCGGGAGGGAGGGGCGUUGACUUUGCGCUUGAUACCAUCUCGGAGAGGGAUACGGUGCCCAGGGUGCAUGCCACGCUGGCGGAGGGGGGCAAGUACCAUGUCUUUCGCGCGCCGGAGGGCGGCAAGUAUGAUACCAAGGGGUUGAAGAUACAGCCCGUGUAUGGCGCGGUGUGGGAGGGCUUGGGCGUGGAGAUUGACUACGGCGACGGCCUCGUCUUCCCCGCCAGCCCUGAGGCGAGAAAGUUUGCCGUCGACUUCUUCCAGUUCCUCAGUUCCGGAGCGGAGCCGGGCGCGGAUGUGAAGCUGCACCCGAACCCCGUGCGCAAGAUGCCCGGCGGGCUGGAGCGCAUCGUGCCGGACGGCUUUGCGCUGCUGUCGGGCUUGGUGUCGGAGCGGCAGGGGCUGGAGCAGCGGCGGGAGGAGGAGCACAUGCGGCCGAUUAGCGGCGAGAAGCUCGUCUAUACCAUUGUUUGA